AGCUUCAGCUCUCCCUCCGAGCGGGAGGAGGCUGUGGGCUGCGGACUGAGUGCUGGAAUGAGGAGUAAUUGAGCUUCAGCUGAGCCGGAGGUAGCUUUCUCCUCCUGGCGUGAUUGCUGCAGCCUCCAGUGCCGGGUCCCUAGUUCCCCAUCUGCCUCUCUUCCCGGUGUAACAUCGCCUGUAAAGACAGCAAAGCCGCCGCAGAAGUUGCCCGGCAGAAGACUCCGGAGGCAUUGGCUCAGUAACUUUUCACGUCAUUUUCUGCUAGGGAGCCCCUUGUCGCCUCUCCGCGCAGCCUUUCCCACCGCAAACCACCAGUGCUCAUGGGGCAGGCAGAGAGGAGCUUGCAGCAUUGAGCGGAACCGGACUUGAGCCCGUGAUGUCCGGCACCAAAUUGGAGGACUCCCCCCCUUGUCGCAACUGGUCAUCUGCUUCGGAGCUGAAUGAAACUCAAGAGCCCUUUUUAAACCCCACCGACUAUGACGACGAAGAAUUCCUGCGGUACCUGUGGAGGGAAUACCUGCACCCGAAAGAAUAUGAGUGGGUCCUGAUCGCCGGGUACAUCAUCGUGUUCGUCGUGGCUCUCAUUGGGAACGUCCUGGUUUGUGUGGCAGUGUGGAAGAACCACCACAUGAGGACGGUAACCAACUACUUCAUAGUCAAUCUUUCUCUGGCUGAUGUGCUCGUGACCAUCACCUGCCUUCCAGCCACGCUGGUCGUGGAUAUCACUGAGACCUGGUUUUUUGGACAGUCCCUUUGCAAAGUGAUUCCUUAUCUACAGACCGUGUCGGUGUCUGUGUCUGUCCUCACACUGAGCUGUAUCGCCUUGGAUCGGUGGUAUGCAAUCUGUCACCCUUUGAUGUUUAAGAGCACAGCAAAGCGGGCCCGUAACAGCAUUGUCAUCAUCUGGAUUGUCUCCUGCAUUAUAAUGAUUCCUCAGGCCAUCGUCAUGGAGUGCAGCACCAUGCUCCCGGGCUUAGCCAAUAAAACCACCCUCUUUACAGUGUGUGAUGAGCGCUGGGGUGGUGAAAUUUAUCCCAAGAUGUACCACAUCUGUUUCUUUCUGGUGACAUACAUGGCACCACUGUGUCUUAUGGUGUUGGCUUAUCUGCAAAUAUUUCGCAAACUCUGGUGUCGACAGAUCCCUGGAACAUCAUCUGUAGUUCAGAGAAAAUGGAAGCCCCUGCAGCCUGUUUCACAGCCUCGAGGGCCAGGACAGCCGACAAAGUCCCGGAUAAGCGCUGUAGCCGCUGAAAUAAAGCAGAUCCGAGCCAGAAGGAAAACAGCCCGGAUGUUGAUGGUUGUGCUUUUGGUAUUUGCAAUUUGCUAUCUACCAAUUAGCAUCCUCAAUGUGCUAAAGAGAGUAUUUGGGAUGUUUACCCACACCGAAGACAGAGAGACUGUGUAUGCCUGGUUUACCUUUUCACACUGGCUUGUAUAUGCCAAUAGUGCUGCGAAUCCAAUUAUUUAUAAUUUUCUCAGUGGAAAAUUUCGAGAGGAAUUUAAAGCUGCGUUUUCUUGCUGUUGCCUUGGAGUUCACCAUCGCCAGGAGGAUCGGCUCACCAGGGGACGAACUAGCACAGAGAGCCGGAAGUCCUUGACCACUCAAAUCAGCAACUUUGAUAACAUAUCAAAACUUUCUGAGCAAGUUGUGCUCACUAGCAUAAGCACACUCCCAGCAGCCAAUGGAGCAGGACCACUUCAAAACUGGUAGAAUAUUUGUUCAUAUGACAAGGAUACCUGAGUAAAACUAUCCUUUUUAAAAUCACUGGGAACAGAAAUUUUAUUAUCCUAUGAUGUGAAGCUAAAAUUACUUGUGGAUCUUUUUUUUUUUAAUCUAUUGCUCUUUGGAAAUAAAAAAAAGUCAGUUUAAAAUGAUUUCUUAACUUUUGAUUUAAAUAUAUUAGAAGUUUAACCUUCAACUGAGCUUUUUUCAGGCUAUUUCACUUUUAGUUUCAUGUAUUAUAAUGUGUGUCAAUUAAAUGUUUAAACAUUUCUAA